AUGCAACUAUAUUCACAGAAUCUAUCGCCAGUUGUUGAUGUCACAGAGGCAUUGAAGCGUAGAGAUUACAGGUGUUAUUUGACACUGAACGCCUUAUUUAGAGCUGAUGUAAACACUUGUUCAGAAAUCGAGAACAAUACCGAGAAAAGAACAAAAAAACAAACGACAAAACGAAGAUUGAUGUUGAACGGCUCAAUUGAAGAGGACAAAUUGUGGUUGAAAAGGGCUUCUGGUUUUAGGAAAAGAGAAAUUAAAAGAAGUGCUCUACGAAUAAGUUGCAGACUUGCAGCAACUUCAAAAUUAAGUACUUUCUAUAAAAAUCAAUCAAGUUUGAAUAAAACUUCUGAUGAUAACUAUCAAAGUAACUAUUAUCAAUUUGAAUGGAGCAAUAACAAGUUUGAUUUUAAAAUCGUUUCAAGUCAUAAAUUGAGAUUGAAUUCAGAAGUUGAAAAGUAUUUGGAAACAACUCAUUGGAUGGGAUCAACUUAA